GUGUUCAUUAUUUCAAGUAUCCGUUUACCUUUGCGUUCGUAUUCAUUCAGAUUCGGUGCCUGGCGCCCAGCACAUUUUAUAAAACCUUUUCAAUUUUCCUUAAAGCAAAAAAAAACAGAAUGGCCAAUUUCAUAAAGACCGAAGAUCAGGUGAAGAUCAGCGAGAUCGUGGAAAAAUUGGUCAAGCAAAAUUCCAAACGCUAUGCCAAGGAAGAAGACAACCUGAGUGUCCCGUGUUCCUCCCGGGAUGUGAUGCUCAAGUGCCCGGAACUGUCGGGCAUUCAGGCAGUUUCCGACCUCGAUCCGUUGGUCCCUCGAGCCGGGUCCGCGCAUACCUACCGCACGGGUCAGCUGCUGACCAUCGGUCGCCGGGUGGCCAGCCGCAUGGUGGAUCCGAGUGGCCACCGCGAGAUGCUGGGCAAUCGCUGCCAACUGGACGAGCGCCUCCGCUCCGCCGGAAUCUACCACAAUCGCCUGGGCAACCCGUACGGACUGGCUGCCGAACUGGAGGAGGGUGGUCACGGUGACACCGACCCCGGCAAGCCCACCACAUCCUUGGGAUCCAUGGCCUGAGGGGCCCCAUUAAACUCAUUUUAACACUGGAGCCUGCUGUGCCACUGGGCUGAUGAACAAACGCCAAGACUGUACUUUCCAAUAACUUAUUCAAUUCGAUUUAGUUCUGCGGCAAUUACGAUUAAAUACGAUUUAAAUCUAUGGUAUGGUAAA